GCGGCGACCGCGGCUGAGGUACAGGUGCCUCGCGGCGCAGCCGGGUCGCCUUCCAGCCGGUCCGCCUCGCGACCAGGGCCCGCGCCCCCUCCCGCCUCGCACACCGGUCUCUCUCCCGCCCAGCCAAAUGCAGGCCGCCGGCCUCCCUGAGGAGAUCCGUUGGCUCCUGGAAGAUGCUGAAGAGUUUCUGGCAGAAGGUUUGCGGAAUGAGAACCUCAGCGCUGUUGCAAGGGAUCACAGAGACCAUAUUCUACGGGGCUUUCAGCAAAUCAAAGCCAGGUACUAUUGGGAUUUUCAGCCCCAAGGAGGAGACUUCGGACAGGACAGCUCUGAUGAUAAUCACAGUGGGACUCUUGGCCUGUCCCUCACAUCCGACACACACUUUUUGUCAGAUUAUCAGGAUGAGGGAAUGGAAGACAUCGUAAAAGGAGCUCAAGAACUUGAUAACAUAAUCAAGCAAGGAUACUUGGAGAAGAAAAGCAAAGAUCAUAGUUUCUUUGGAUCGGAGUGGCAGAAGCGAUGGUGUGUUGUCAGCAGAGGUCUCUUCUACUACUAUGCUAAUGAGAAGAGCAAGCAGCCCAAAGGGACCUUCCUCAUUAAGGGCUACAGUGUUCGGAUGGCCCCCCACCUGCGAAGAGAUUCCAAGAAAGAAUCCUGCUUUGAACUGACCUCCCAGGAUAGGCGCAGCUAUGAGUUUACAGCUACUAGUCCAGCAGAAGCCAGAGACUGGGUGGAUCAAAUAAGUUUCUUGUUAAAAGAUCUGAGCUCCUUAACCAUUCCAUAUGAAGAGGACGAGGAGGAAGAAGAAAAAGAAGAGACAUAUGAUGAUAUUGAUGGUUUUGACUCCCCAAGUUCUGGUUCCCAGUGCAGACCCACUAUCUUGCCUGGGAGUGUGGGGAUAAAAGAGCCUACAGAGGAGAAAGAAGAAGAAGAUAUCUAUGAAGUCUUGCCAGAUGAAGAGCAUGAUCUAGAAGAGGAUGAGAGUGGCACUCGACGAAAAGGAGCAGACUAUGCCAGUUACUACCAGGGCCUAUGGGAUUGCCAUGGUGACCAGCCAGAUGAACUGUCCUUCCAACGGGGUGACCUCAUCCGCAUUCUGAGCAAGCAUCCUGUUCCAGAAAUUAUUUAUGGUGGUAACAUGAGCUGUUCAGAAGAUAAGGGCAAAUUAAAGAGGGAGAGAAAGAGAAGCUCUUUUUCAAUUGACUAGGAAGAAGAGGCCACUGGGUGAGGUCUUCCAUUUAAGGUAAACUGAGCCAGUGGGAUACAUUUCUUGGGCUUGGGUUGUGUGCCUCAUAAAUUGGUUUGAGGCUCUUCCAAGGAAUUGUCCAGUGCCUUAUUUUCAUGGAAAGCAGCCUUCGAGCAACAGGUUGGGCACACAUAAGGUUUAUACUUACAUAGUGGCUUAGCUGGGGUGGGAAGGUAUUCUCAUGGCCCAGACACACCAGGAUCUGGGUCAUCUUCCUUACUGAUGGAAUUGACGUGGAAACAGGGAGCCAUACAGACACAGUCAGGUUUAGCAUGGAACACAUGAUGCUGUCAGAUGGUCAUGGGUCUUACGUGGAGAAGAAUGGACAGACUUUGUCACCCUGGACUGCAGCUACUUAAACUCAGAUGGGAUCCUGGCGCCACAGCCAGUCUAGUCAUCUGAAUGCAACAGGCCUGUGCCAGCACACCUGGACUUUGUUAACACAACACUAUGUCUAUUACAAUGGGAGUUUUAACCCGGUUUUCUCCACCUACUUCCUCAAUGUGCUACUUAAAGAAUGUAGACCUUUCCCCUCCCUUGACCCCGUUCUUUCCAAAAGAGAUUUGUAUGUUGUAAAAAUUAUCUUAAUGCAGCAAUACUUCCUCUUUUAAGUGUGCUUAGUUGAAUGUGACAACAACCCUCAUAAA